AGAACUUCAAGUUCGGGUUAAAUUUCGGACUUCAGAGAAGAAUUCUGUUUUGCUUGUGUCCUGUGUUGUGCAAUGUUAUGUCGUUUGUUGUCACAAGUCUAACGAAUGUUGCAUGCCGGUCCAACACAUCGCACUACUCUCAAAAAGGAAAAACAAAACGCGUCAGUUGUGCGCGUAUUUAUGUACACGAGCAAAUAUUGACCAUGAUUAUUCAACAACAAUAGUCGAAUUGAAUUAUCCUUGGGAAUGUCUGUCACCAGUGAGCCAAAUGAUUAUGGGGAAGUGAUGUCCCAAGGAGUAAUCAAGUCUAUUUUUAUGGAAAAUGAACCAAAACCAUAUACGUCUUUAUUAAACCAUGAGAGUAUUAUGAAAAAUCUGACCAUCAAUGAAGAGAUAAUUGUGAGUACUAAUGGGCAUUUGUCAGACAAAGUUGAUUGUCAAACCCAGCCUAGUGUGUACUUCGAAGAGAAUUUGGAAACUUGCAACGAUACACCUACCAGGUUUGAGGAAUCCAUAAAUAUGGGUCCAUUGUCAGACGAAUCGUCAAUUACCAAAAAAUUGGAUUGUGAAAGUGUUGAGACACCUGUUUCAAAGGAAGACGAGUUCGAGGAGCAAGAAGAUGACGAGGAAACGAUUGCAACUUUUGUCACCGCAGCGGGACAACAGUUGGCUCUCUAUGCCGUGGAAGAUUCGGACGAGAUAUUUGCUGUAGCCGUUUAUGAUGAGUCCGAUGAACCUCCGACUAACUUUCAGUUUCUUAUGAAAUCAGAUGUGGAACGUUUAAUAGGCGAAGGUGCAGUACGAACGGUGAAAAAACCGUCGCAGAUGAAAAAACGAGUAUUUACUGCCAAACCGCCGAUGCUUUGUCACAAGGAAGAAGUGAAUGACAAGACUUCUAUUUGCGACAUAUCGGUCAACAGUGAGAAGGAUGUUGCACAGGAGGACAGCGACAGAAUAGUACAUAAUUAUGAAAAUUACCAAAAUUGUAGUGACAAGGUUAAUUCAGAAUCUAACGAUAGUGUUCACACGACUGUCGACGAACAAGCAGAUAUCACGUAUCUUAUGAUGAAUGACAAUUUUGUCGAUAUUGCCGAACAAUCAGAUGAAUGUGAAGAUAACGUCAAAUUCGAGGAAGAAUUGAUCGAGUAUUCCACAGUACAAUACAUCCUUCUAGAAGCUGAUCAAUCGGACUCAGAGUUAACGUUUGACGACAUUCAGGCAACAUUGCGGAAUAUGAAAAUUUCUCGCGAGAAAUUAUUAGAAAAAUCGGGCAAGUUGCAAGAUGAUCACUCAAGUCUUCAGCAAGACUCAUGUGGGUCUUCGAUAAAGGAAGAAUCAUCGUUUAGUGAAGACGCAGAUGCAUUUGAACUUUAUAUGUCGCCGCAGUCAACGAUCGAUCGAACAUGCAUUUCCGUCUCGGAGGACGAUCGACAGCGAUUAAUUGACACGUUAACCGACUCGCCACCGUCAACAACUGAUCUUACUUCGCAAAUGCCACUAAAAGUCAAACGAUCACGCAAGCAGCAAUUGAUCUUAGUGGAUCGAGAUGACGGAGAGAUCAUUAUUCAGCCAGCGUCGAUGAUAAAUGAUGAAUCGACCGGUAAGAAGCGUACAACUCGGCGACGUCGCUUGUCGUCGCAAAUACGCGUCGCUAUGGCUAACAGAAAAAGGAUCAAGAGAACGAGGCGAAUUAAGCGGCCGAAGCGACGAAAGGUCGUAGAGGUGAUCGAUCUGGACAUCGACGAGGAAGAGCAACAAACGUCGCGCAACGUGGUAGAGAUCACUCUAGACGAUAACAAGGACAAGUGUUCUAGCGACAAAGAGAACGAAAUUAUCAUGGUAAAGGACUCGGAUUCCAGUAGCAGUGAUCACGAGGAAAAUGAAAAGACUGAAUGGGUCGGCGGCCAUUUAACAAAGCUCAAUAGCGAAAUACGUUGCGAGUAUUGUUCCAGGAACUUUCGAUACCGACGUACUCUCAAUAUGCACCUUCUGGUGUGCCGAAAAAAAGCGCUAACGAACACUCUCAGUCUCGACGAAGAGAAACCGAAAGUAAAAACAAAUAAAAUUAAGAAGAAAAUUAAAAAACAAUUUACUUGCAAGAUCUGUCAGGAGAAGUUUGACGCGGUCGUCGUCUUGGCGCGUCAUGUUCGCUUAGUGCAUGUACAGAAAAAGAAGAACGAAUUGAGCCUUUCCUCAGAAAAAUCUUCGAAUAAAUCCUUGAGAUCGAUUCGAGAUAAGGAAGCAAUUUCAACAGAAGAGGAGGAAUCGAAUGAUGAAGAAGACACGACAGAGAAAGAACUCAGUAUGCUUGCUAGAGUGAAGAGAAAACGAAAACAAAAGAAUUACUCGGAUACGAAACAGCUCGAUUGUGCAGAGUGCGGCCGGUGGUUCCCAAGUACUACUCUAUUAAACGCGCAUAGCUUGCAGCAUGGCACUAAGAGAUCAGAACAACUACGCAAGUGCCAUAUCUGCAAGAAGUACAUAAAGUCCAGGUUACUAUUUUUGCGACACUUGAGAAUGCACAACGAUACGCAACACACUUCUGGUAGUUCAUCCAAGAUAAUGCAACGGAAGCUGCGCGCUCGGCCGAGCACGCAUAAAAUCGCAUCUCCCCGAAAACGGGGCCGGCCGAGGAAGUUUUGAUCUUUUUUGCCGUUUCUAACAUGUAUGAUAAUAUAUUAAUACCGCCGUUGUCACUCGGAGUUUAUUAAUGUUUUUCC